AAAGACACAUGGAACGUUCUCCACAGGUACCUGGACUAUUUCCAUGUGAUGACUUAUGACUUCUAUAGCUCCUGGGAUGGAAAGACUGGGGAGAACAGCCCACUGUACAGUGACGGCAAUGCCUACCUCAGUGUUGAUUAUGCUAUGAACUACUGGAAGAGCAAUGGUGCCCCAGCUGAGAAGCUCCUCGUUGGAUUCCCCACCUAUGGACAUAACUUCAUCCUGCAGAACCCAUCAAACACAGCUCUCGGUGCACCAACAUCGGGACCUGGGCCUGCUGGACCUUACACAAAGGAGGCUGGGCUGCUCGCUUACUAUGAGAUCUGCACGUUCCUGGACUCUGGAGCCACCCAGGCUUGGGAUGCCCCCCAGGACGUGCCCUAUGCCUACAAGGGCAAUGAAUGGGUUGGCUACGACAACAUCAAGAGCUUCAACAUCAAGGCUGACUGGCUGAAGAAGAACAACUAUGCAGGUGCUAUGGUUUGGACGAUUGAUCUGGAUGACUUCACUGGCUCUUUCUGCAAACAGGGCAAAUAUCCCCUGAUCAACACCCUGAAGAAUGCUCUUGGCCUGCAAAGCAGCAGCUGCACAGCGUAUUAACAGUCCAGUCCUCAAGUCCCUGCAGCUCCUAGCGCUGGAAGUUGAAAUGGGUGUGUGAGCAUGAGCUGGAGUAGCAAUUCCAGUGGCUGUGGUGUGAGUGGCUUCUCUGCUGGUAAAGCCAUCCAGACUUACAAGACAAGAGCAGCUUGUACGAAUGUUUGAACAUAAAAAAAGUUAUUUGCAAAAUUUGUAGGCAGACCUUGUGAAUAAUACCAUCUGUUCCUGCUGCAACUGGGCAUGAAGACACCAGUUCUAUCACGGCAGACAGAACCUCUGAUCUGAUUCUGUGGAACAAUAACAAUUAAAUAAAGUAUUCUGCAAA